UGCGUCUCUAUAAAAGGGACUGACGAUUACAGGCUAAGUACAAUCCGGCGCAAACGUCGCCGACCAUCAUUACAUGGGAUAUUAUUACACCCUUCAUACAGUUAUCAGUGUACUACGAAGAUGAUUAAAAUGGAGAUCGUUUUUUUAAUGGGCGUGAUUGCGUUGUCGGCUGCAGCUCCACAAGGUCCUGGGGAUAAAGUCAUAGCAAUUAUUAAGCAAGAGUUUGAUCAACAAGCAGAUGGAUCGUACGUUUACAGUUAUGAAACUGAAAACGGCAUUAAAGCUGAUGAAAAAGGGACCUUGAAGAAAGCUAGCGGCCCUGACAGUAAUGACGUCAUUGUAGCCCAAGGAGCUUUUAGCUACACGGCGCCUGAUGGCACUGUAAUCAAUCUCAAUUACGUAGCCGACGAUGAAAAUGGAUUCAGGCCUGAGGUAAAUACAUGUCACUUAUAUGAUAUAUGUAUACAUACAAAUCUAUAUAGACGCGGUUGUCGAAUCUUUAAGAAUUUAUCGUCUUUUAUGUUAUUAUUAUAAUAUAUAGAAAUAUAA